AAGAGUGGUGAUACAGAGCUUUUUCCUCCUGCUCUUGACAUUUCUCUUGGAGCAGCAGCAUAACAGGUUCUGGUUUGCAUUCCAUUCUGUUCCUCUCUCCCAAACUUCAUAGACCUUACCACAAAACUGUAUACUGCAACUAAGUGCCCUUUCACAUCCUACAAUGGCUCUUUUGAACCGGUUGUGCCACAUUGGGUUCCAUGUUCCUGAGAGACAACAGCUGGCCAGUGAUCUGGUAUGUAAGUUUGGCUUUGAGCUGUUUGCCACACGAGUAGGAGAAUGGAGGAGACAGCUGGCUUUUCGAAGAGGGGGUGCCAUUUUUGUUGUCAAUGAAAAACUGCAGCCAGUGUCAGGAAAAGCUCCACCUAUUUCAUCAUCAGGUCACAGCAUGGACGGAGGGAUGCUAUACGAUGUGGAUCCACAGCAUGCAGUCAGUACUGCCUCUAACAUCUGCUUUGAGGUAGAGGAUGUACCUGGCAUCUCCCAAAGUCUCCAGGAACGUGGCUGCCAUAUCCUAAUCUCUCCUACCACUGUAGCAGAUGAAGAUGGCUCUGUCACUUACUCUGUGGUGAGAUCCAUUGUGGGCAACAUCAGCCACACGCUACUUGACCGAACACAGUAUUGUGGACCAUUCCUGCCUGGCUUUCAUGUUGUAAAAAAUGCCCUUGAGAAGCUCCAGAGGGCAAAAGAGAACACAUAUUUUGACCAUAUCACCUAUGCAUGUCCUCAAGGUAGUUCACAAGCUGUGCUGGAGUGGUACAAGAACUGUUUUGGUUUCCAGCGCUUCUUCGUCCACUCACAAGACAAAGCUGCGGAAGGCUACAGAAUCCAGGGAGGUGGUGUGGGUCUUCAACUUAGUGCUAUGCGACAUUGUAGGAAUGGCUUGACUCUGCUUGAUCAACAAGACUGUAAAUUUGUUCUGGCUGAGUCACUGCCAGAGCAAAGAAACAACCAGGUGGAUACUUUCUUGAAACAGCAUGGUGGAGCUGGCAUCCAACAUGUGGCACUCUACACCACAGACAUUGUAGAGACUAUUGCAGCCAUGACAAAGUCUGGGGCAAGCUUUUUCAAACCACCUGUAACAUAUUACAGUGAGAAGAAUAAGGAGCAGGAAAUACAGCAAGCUGGGCAAGAUCUUCAGCUCUUGAAGGACCAUGGCAUCCUUCUAGAUGCUGAGGUGGUUGGGGAAGGAGACAGCAAUGGCCCUGCCCAUCACAGGAAGCAAUACCUGAUGCAGAUCUUUACCAAGCCACUCUUUACAGAGGAAACAUUUUUUUUGGAAUUCAUAGAACGACAUGGGGCUGAAGGUUUUGGUGAGGGAAAUGUCCGUGCUCUCUGGAAAGCUGUACAGAAUCACAUGGACCAGCAAUAGAAGGAGACACCUCUGUUCCUUCUGAAGAACAAGCUCUGACAAUCCUAUUGAUGUGAAUCAUGGGCUCAAGGCAUACAUUAACUUUAGCAUCAGUACUACUACAAACCUAUUUGUAGCAUAGGCUCCACAGUGGUACAAGCAGGGUCAGAAUUUGCAUCUUUAAUGCAUAGAAGGGUUAACAAAAAUAUUUAAGUAGAGCCCAUGUUUUUAAAGGCAGCUAUCUUGUGAUGAACAUUUUGUGCAAAGAUGGACAUGAUAAAGGACAAAAAAUGGUAGGGACCUCACAGAAGCAGAAGACA